GGCUCUUUCUUGCUCGACGACCCAACCAGUCCCUUGUUCUCGUCCCUCUCUGGAAUGGCUCUUGCUGUAGUAUUGCUGUUCUCAGUAUCAAUAGCGGCCAGCUUUGUCUGUGAAUUUCUUGCGGCAGGACAAUCUGGCUGAGCGUAUCAUGGAAUUGACCCAGGACGCUAGUGCGCCAAUUCAUCCUUGGGAUGGGAUCGCGCCCUGAAUGGAUGGAUACUGUCGAAAACAUAUGGAAACGUUUCUGAACGUCUCUUCCGGCAAGACGACACGUUCAGCCGACCGUCAAUGUCUACUCACGAACCUGGAAGCUAUUCUCAACUGUUUUCAUGUCCAAGCUUUGCCUCUAUGCCGCUUCCUCACCACAUGGGACCGUCGUUCGAGCUUUGGAUUAUCGGAGGAUGCCUUCCUGAGUGUGUCGUCGAUGCAUUCAGCAGACUAGAACACGGCUAUGUCUUGUGUAAUGCUUAUGGUCCAACGAAAGUUGCCAUUAAUGCGUCAUCACGUCUUCACUACCGUAAUGUCAUGCUGGGCUGCCUGAUUCGACCACCUCCAACUCAGACUUGUGCCACUUGGGUUUCAGGGAGAGCCAGGCUUAUGAGGUUCUCAGCUGGCGAAAGGAUGCUUGCACGUUCAAGGAGCGAUCAGUCCGUGUGUGCAGAAGUUGAUGGGUGUAUCACACACGUGAUAGCGCGCGCGGGGCAAUCAGGAUCGUGGUCUGGAAUAGAAUGCCUCGGUCGCAUACUAGGAAUGGACCAGGUAAAGCUUGGUGGUAGGCAUGUGGAAUUGGGAGAGAUUGAAACUAUGUUAUUUCCCCUGCGCAGUAGUCGAAGAACAGCGAUUCGACAAAUCGAGGAUGAUGUGUGGUAGGAGACACGGAUAAUCCUACCAACGAAGGCUUCGAUAUGCAUUGCAUAUGGAGUAGCGAUUUGAUUACUUUGCGUCUGGCCACUCGUGCUUCCUCGUCAAGUGGGAUGUUUCGAACACUUUGGUCACGGAGCCGAAUCCCGCAACGCCACUGAACGCCUUAGCAGUUCCCUGCGCAGCUUUGAUGAUUCUAUGUGUCGAACUGUAAACCUGAAAGCCGGGCUUGACACGGAGAACUAGUUUCCGUCCUAGAAUCCCCGGCUGCAUAGCGUAGCUUUGUCAUGAGAGAUGGAGGUCUGAGGAUGAGCAAGUGAAGCUGUUGUAUUUCUCCC